AUUGUGAACAUAAGGAGAGACAUUGGUAAAGAUUUUGCCAUAAACAGACACACUCGUGUGUGCUCUUUACAUUUUACAGAGGAUUGUUAUCCAAAACACCAAGGCAUAAGACGUCGUCUUGUGAAGGAUGCCAUUCCAACAGUUUUUCAUUGGUGUAAAGGCACCUCCACUCAGCAUUCUAGGAGAAAGAUUAAGAAACAGAUUUCCUCAGUAGCAUCCGAGAACAAGGAGAACAAAGCAGCUACAGGUCUUCAACAGUUUUCUGUGGAGGAGCAUUCUUAUUCCCGCCAAUACACUGAUGGGGCUAUGUAUACUAUAUAUCCUACAACUUUGAGAAGAUAUUUGGAGAGCAGCAGUAGUGGGGAUGACAGUUUAGAAGAUUAUGAACCUAGCGUCUCACCUGAUAAAGCCUCUGUUUUACAGACCAAUUUAAAUCUGAUGACACUGCGCUAUGAAGAAAAGUUUACUUUGCUCAGAUUUUGCAAUUCUGACAGUGACAUAAAGUACUAUACAGGAUUUCGGUCUUAUAUAUCUUUAUCAUGUUUUUUUCAGUUUCUUCAGCCAGAAUGUAAUUUUUUAUAUUAUGUGGGCACAGAGAACACAUCAUCUGGUACACCGUAUGACUUAUUAAAGAAACGUGGACCAUCUAGAUCACUCUCACCAAUGGAAGAGCUCUUCAUAACACUAGUGCGUCUUCGUAAAGGACUACAAGAAAGGUUAAUUGGUGAUCUGUAUAGCAUAUCUGAGGGUCAUGUAUCUAAAAUUGUCAACACAUGGAUUAUUUUUUUAGCAGAUAGAUUUCGAUCAUUACCAAUCUGGCCAAAAGCUGAACAAGUGCGAAAGACCAUGCCAGCAUGCUUUAGAGAACAUUAUUCAACAACACGUGCUAUUGUGGACUGUACAGAACUAUUCAUUGAACAACCAUCUGCAUCUGACUGUCAAAGAGAGACUUUCUCAUCUUACAAACACCACAACACUGCGAAGGGACUCAUUGCAAUUUCUCCGGUAGGUCAACUUACUUUUAUUUCGCCAUUAUAA